AUGAUACUUGCGGGUCUUGUGGAAGACAAGUUAGAUCUCGCAAGUGCCUCUCUCUACAAUACGGGUGUGCCUGCAGGUAAAAGACUUCUGAUUUUGAAGCCUCCUGCACAAUCAUCAAAUUUUAGUGGAGAUGCAGUAGAAAAUCAAGUUUGCGGGACGACUGUUUGUCUAUUCCCGAGAUCGACCUGUUGUGCUGGUUACACAAAGAAGGUUGACACCGUAUCGAAAAGCUUUUACUGCGGUCCCCUGCCAGUUGAGCCUGUGUUCAAUCCAGAACAGACCACGUGCUGUGAUCCCGAAAAAACCGGUCUCUGGAACCAAUGGACCGAAUGGUCAAAAUGUACAUCUGAUUGUGGACUCUGUGGAACACAAACCCGUAAUCGUACAUGCGCAUCGCAACCGUAUGGUUGUCCAUGCACUGGAGAGACCACGGAGUCAAAGAAGUGUGGACAAGCAGCAUGCACUACUGGACAAGAAUGCUGCUCAGGAUACCCAGCUCUAGGUUACGAUGGAGCAAAAUUCUGUCAGCCCAAUCCGCCAGCACAAUGUCCGGGAACAUGGACGGAAUGGAUGACGGAACCGAGCGCCAAAUGUAACGAUACGUGUGGAAUGUGUGGUGUGAUACCAUCGUAUCGAUACUGUUGGCCAUCUGGUUGUCAAUGCACAGGAGCCUUCAAAAUGAACCAGCCAUGCGCCCCAGCGGUAUGCGUAUUCCCUAGGACAACAUGUUGUGCUCCUUAUGUAAAGAAAAUCGUCAACAAGCAGUUCGUAUGUGGAUAG